AUGUCAAUGACCGGUCAGGGCUCCAGUAAUGUCGAUGAGCCAUUAGCGGCACACACCGAUCCGCAAGACGAUUUUGGGUUCCCUGAGUCUCCAGAAGCUAAUCGCGGCGCGGAGGGACUUAAUGAGCCGAUAUCUUUCAAACCCAAAAAAACGAGACAGUCACGAUUCAGUUUGUCGAAUCUAUUUUUGAAUACCGCGGGCGGUUCAGGCAACACACCAUUCGGCUUCUCCGCGACAGGGACCCAAGGUGGACAGAAUGGGGAUGCUUCGCCGUUAGAUACAUAUGGGCCAUUGGGCCCGAAUACCGAUCCCAAUUCCUCAAAAGACGGUGUGCCCUCGGAUUGGUAUGUGGAAGGUCCUGGCCGCCGCGUUGGUUACGACGACUUCUCAGCAAUCGAUUGGAUCUAUGAAUACACCAAAGAACGUCAACGGAAACGGCUGCUAUAUUCCAGUGGACAAGGGAUCUUGGGUCAUUUCCGUCGCCUUCUCGAUGCCAGCAAUGUGUGGCUGGUUUUGGUUGCAACUGGUAUUGCAGUCGGAAUCAUUGCCGCCGCCAUCGAUAUUGCGACAGACUGGCUAGGUGAUCUUAAAACUGGCUAUUGUAAGAGCGGUAAAGGAGGUGGCAGGUUCUACUUGAACCGAAGCUUUUGCUGCUGGGGUCUGGAUGAUUAUUCUAAAUGCUUGGAUUGGACGCCAUGGGGGACUGCAUUAGGAGCAUCCUCUAAGGGAGGACAAUACACUGUUGAGUAUAUCUUCUAUAUCCUCUUUUCAGUGGUUUUUGCUUUCUGCGCGUGCAUCCUGGUUCGUAGAUUUGCGAUCUACGCAAGGCAUAGCGGAAUCCCCGAGAUCAAGACCGUUCUCGGAGGCACUGUCAUCCGACAUUUUAUGGGACCUUGGACCUUGGCCAUUAAGUCACUUGGACUGUGUUUAUCUGUCGCAUCCGGCCUAUGGCUCGGAAAAGAAGGCCCACUGGUGCAUGUUGCUUGCUGCUGCGCGAACAUUAUGAUGAAACCUUUUGACAGUCUGAAUGGGAACGAAGCCCGGAAACGUGAGGUGCUUUCUGCAGCGGCGGCUGCAGGUAUCUCGGUUGCAUUCGGUGCCCCUAUCGGAGGUGUGCUUUUCAGCUUGGAGCAACUUUCGUACUACUUUCCUGACAAAACAAUGUGGCAAAGUUUUGUUUGCGCCAUGGUUGCUGCCGUCACGCUACAAGCUUUGAACCCCUUCCGAACUGGCAAAAUCGUGCUCUAUCAAGUCACCUAUACCCGAGGCUGGCACCGCUUCGAAGUUAUCCCAUUCAUCAUACUUGGUAUUGUUGGCGGUCUCUUUGGAGCUUUCCUCAUUCGUCUGAAUGUUAGAGUUGCCAAAUGGCGGCGAUCCAGAACUUCUUCAAAGCCAGUCAUCGAAGUUGCUGUAGUGGCACUUCUAACUGCUCUGAUCAACUUCCCGAAUCACUUCAUGAGAGCUCAGAACUCAGAACUGGUUCAAUCCCUGUUUGCUGAGUGCAACAGCGAUACAACCGAUACAUUUGGCCUCUGCGUUACAGGAACUAAGUCGGCAUUUGGUGUCGUCGCUCUUCUUUUGGUGGCCGCCGUUCUGGCAUUAUUCCUCGCAUCUCUGACUUUUGGACUCGAUAUCCCAGCCGGUAUCAUUUUACCCUCGGUGGCUAUUGGCGCAAUGUACGGACGUGCAUUAGGUAUUCUUGUCCGCAUGCUGCAAGAAGCCUAUCCAAAAGCAUUGCUCUUCAGCAAGUGCGAGCCUGACAUUCCAUGUGUAACUCCUGGCCUAUACGCGAUUAUCGGUGCUGCUUCUGCGCUAGGUGGUGCGACUCGGAUGACCCUUUCGAUCGUGGUCAUCAUGUUUGAAUUGACGGGAGCCUUGACUUAUGUCAUUCCAAUCAUGAUUGCAGUGAUGUUGUCAAAGUGGUGCGGCGACAUCUUCGGGAAACGUGACGUACCUGCUCUCCGGGUCAUGACCACUGUCGACGACAUUUCGGUGAUUACAGCUACAGGCCAUACUAUCGAUUCGCUUCGGGGGCUUUUGACCAAUACCACCUACCGAGGCUUCCCUGUAAUCUCGGAGACAUCAACUCCAACUUUGCUCGGGUAUAUCACACGGAACGAGCUUUCAUAUGCUCUGGGGUAUUCAACUUCGCCUACAAACCGGAGUCUCACCGGCGAAACUCAGGUCUUCUUCGUCCAUCAACCAUUUGCUGAUCCUGUCGAAACGCUGGAUCUUCGGCCAUGGAUGGAUCAAACUCCCAUCACUCUCAACAGCAAUAUUAGCUUCUUGAUCGUGCUACGAAUGUUCCAGCGCCUCGGUCUCCGCUAUGUGCUCUUCGCGAAUAAGGGUAUUCUCCAGGGUUUGUUGACGAAGAAAGACGUCUGGUCAGUGCUCAAUGGUGUGGAGUUUCGGCGCCAGGAGGCUCUUCGAGGUGAUCAUUUUGAUGAAGAUCAUCACGGCACCGAAGAAGAAGGACUGCUUCACGGUGAGGAUAGAGAUAGUGUCAGCAGUAAUCUGCGGCGGGAUUCAUUGUGA